CAUGCAGGGCUGCUAGUAAAACCCACACUGACAUCUGCUGGUCACCUUUAGGUAAAACUAGGGUCUGUUUACACGUUACGUUUCUCUAGAUAAAAAAUAAAAAGUAGAUUUCAUGGACUAUUUGGUUUAAAUUUGACAGCUCACGGACAAGCACAAGCAUAAGCAGUGGUUUCCAAAAACGGCAAUGUAAAAACACAUUUCCUUAAGUGAAAGUUUGGCUGAGAGUCAAUGCCAAACUGGAACACCUGUUUAUGACAGUCAGAGGCUGCAGCAACCAAAGCAAAGGCAACAGACAGCAGGGACAUAACAGAGUAGUUAUACACCCUAUAAACUUAGAAAUGACAGAUAUUAAACCAAUCUCUGAGGUUAGAUGUGAAGACUCUGAGCAGAGAAACAUCAGCGCCACAAACCCAGUAGAGGAGGAAGAGUCCACAUGUGCGACAAAGGAUUCAAAGAGGACGUGGGCGAUCCCGUCUCUCCAGGAGCUGGAGGAACUUUUACAUUCUGCUCCACGCUCCUGUCGCCACGGAGAUGAGGUGUGGCCAGACCUGUAUCUGGGGGACAUGUUUAUGUCUCAUGACAAGCUUGGGCUCUGGCAGCUGGGCAUCACUCAUGUGCUGAACGCAGCACAUGGGAAACUGUGCUGUAAGGGCAGUGAUGAUUUUUAUGGAACCACAGUGAAAUACUACGGCGUCCCAGCCAACGACCUGCCAACAUUUGACCUUUCACCUUAUUUCUACCCUGCUGCUGAGUUCAUCCACCUGGCUUUGGCAUCAGGAGGAAAGGUGUUUGUGCACUGUGCUGUGGGUGUGAGUCGCUCAGCUGCGUUGGUCCUAGUCUACUUGAUGAUUCAUCACCACCUAAGUCUUCUGUCCUCUAUACGCUGUGUGCAACAAAAACGCUGGAUUUUCCCAAACAGAGGCUUCCUCCGACAGCUUAUAGCCCUGGACCGAAAACUGAAGGAUGAAGGGUUGAAUGAGCCAAAAUAAAACAAAGAAGGGAGCAACCCUACGUAGUAAAUCAAUAGGAUUGUCGUCCCUUA